AUGCAGAGUGACAUAAUUGUUAAUCAAGAUUUAAAAGAAUACAGCAACAUGAUGAAAGGAAUACACCAUGUAAAGUCUUGUGUUUCCUCCUUAGGAGUUGAGACUAAUAUGAAAAAUGAAUACAACGAAAAGGUUGUAGAAAGGAAUGAUUAUAAUAAUAAUAUUGAAGAUGAAACUUAUGAUAAUAAUAAUAUUAAUAUUAAUAAUAAUAAUAAUAAUAAUGAUAAUAAUGAUAAUAAGGAUGAAUUGUUAAAUUCUUCUAAUGAUUUAAUAAAUGAGAAAAAAAAUAAAAAGAAUAAAAAAAAUAGUUAUGAUGAUAGUAUAUUAUGUAAUAAUAGGGGUUCAAUAAAUGAUGAAAAUUUAGAUAUCCCUAAUAAUUGUGAUACUAGUCAUAAUAAUAAUAAUAAUAGUAUUCAUGGUGAUAACAAUGUUUUCGAAAAGAGAAAUAAUAGUCAGGAUGUUCAUAGUAGUAGUAUAUUAAAAAAUUCUGAGGAUCUUAUUUUAAAUAAAUCAUCUAAUAACUCAAAUAAUGAAAACGUAUAUUCAAAUGAAGAUAUGUAUUCAUAUAAGGAAAAUCUUUGUGAACAACAAAAUAAUGAUGAAACGAAUAAUAUGUUUCCUUCCAAAAUUAAUAUGGAUAAUUGUAAUAUAAAUAAUAACUACAGUAAUAAUAAUAGUAGUAGUAAUAGUAGUAGAAGUUAUAAUGAGAGUAAAAAAUCUUCAAAAGAUGAAAAUAAUAAUAAUGAUAAUGAUAAUAGAGAUAAUAAUAAUAAUAAUAAUAAUAAUAAUAAUAAUAAUGGAAAUAAUGCUAACAAUGGAAAUAAUGGAAAUAAUGGUAACAAUAAUAACAAUAAUAAUAAUGGAAAUAAUGGAAAUAACGGUAACAAUAAUAAUGAAGGUAAUGAUAAUAAUGAUGAUAAUAAAAAUAAUGACGAAAAUAAGAAUAAUAAUAAAGAAGUAAGUGACGAUAAGGACAAAGAUGAACACGAUGAAAAAGGUUCAAACGAAAAUAAAAAUUUAUCACAUAAUAAUAAUAAUAAUAAUAAUAAUAAUGGUAGCAGUAGUAAUAAUAAUAAUAACCUUAAUGGUGAUAAUAAAAAGAAUGAAGGUAAUAAAAAAAAUGAAACAUCUUCUAUUAAAUCUUUACAUAAAAGUUCAGUGUUAAGUUCUCUUAAUGCAGAUGCUCCCGAAUUUGUACCAUCAACAAAAAGUCUUCAAAACAAUAUGUCAUUUAAUAAUUUAAUGUGGAAUAAUUAUUAUCAGGACAUAAGUGGAGGUACAACAUUUAAUAGUAAUAAUUUAUUGAAUAAUAUGAAUAACACACCAGGAAGUAAUAAUAAUAAUAAUAUUAUGAUAAAUAAUACAAAUUCUUUGUUACAUAAUAUGAAUGGUAUAAAUAAUAAUUCGUCUAAUAAUAUUAUGAAUAUAGCAGGUUCUAAUACCAUGUCAAGUUCUAAUAAUAAUAAUAGUGUAAAUAGUGGUGUAGUUUUGUUAGGUGUAUCAUCAGGAAAUAUGAAUAAUAUGGAUAAUAAUGACCAAGACAAAAUGAAUACCACCACAAACAACAACAACAACACCAACAACAACAACAAUAAUAAUAAUAACAAUAAUAGUAAUAAUAACAUUUGUAAUAAUUCAUUACAUGGUGCAAAGUCUAAUAGUAAUCAUAACAAUAUUCAUGAUAAUAAUAAUAAUAAUAAUAUGCAUGCAGGAAAUAUAAAUAAUAUAUCACAAACCAUUGGUGGUAUGUCAUCAAACGAUGGACCAUUUAUAAAUCAAGGUAUGAUGCCUGGAAUAACUAAUUUAAGAUCUAGUCAUUUUAUGAGUAAUUCUAGUGCAAAUUUUAUGAACAAUUCAGAAAAUUCAAAUGGACCAUUUCAUCCAAUGGAUGGUACACAUGCCCAUCAAAAUUUUCAACCGAAUGGUUCAUUAAUAGCCCAUCAUAAUUUUUAUGUAAAUCAUCAUCCAUAUAUAUUGAAUAAUCAUCCAAAUCCAUUACCCGGACCACAACCAAUAUUUGCACCUCCUUUACCGUAUACAAAUACAUUAACUUCUACAGGUAAUACCACAGGAGCAGGAGGUGUUCAUCAUGACAUGCCUUUUGCUCAACAUACAUCUGUAUAUGGUUCUUUUAGUAACAAUCCAGCAAAUUUGAUUGCGAGUGGUGCUAGUAUAUCAUCACAGAAAAGUCCAAGUUUAAGUAUAAAUCCUUAUAACUUUUUGUCAUGUUCCUUACCAACACCACCUCCACAAUUACCUCACACUGGUCCAUUAAGUAUGACAUCUUUGGAUCCUCAUUUUAUGUCUACGGGAAAUAAUUCUCAUAUGAAAUUACCUUAUACGAAUAAUAUGUGUCCUCAUCCAGGAAGGAGGAGCAUAUAUAAUCAUUUUAGUCAUGCGCACAUAUCUAAUUCGAAUAAUAUGAAUGAUAAUAAUUUUGAUCCCACAAAUAGUAAUAACAACAACAAUAAUAAUAAUAAUAAUAACAAUAAUAAUAAUAAUGGUAAUAAUAAUAAUAAUGGUAAUAAUAAUACUAUGGCUGCCAAUUUAAAUUAUAAUUUUAAUACAUUUAAUCAUCCUAAUAAUAACAAUAGUUGUGCUUUAGUUCUUAAUAAUGAUAAUAACAGCACAAAUAAUAUUCAUUUAAAUCAAGGAUUAAAUUCAAAUACUUUAAAUUUAAAUAAUACAGGUAAUGUUAUAUGUGUAAACAAUCCCAUGCACCUGAACACGUCAGGUAACAUGACUCAUCAUCAUAUGAAUAAUAUGCAUAUGAAUCAUGGAAUGAUAAUAAAUAAUAACAUAGGUAAGCAGAAGAAAAGUAUAUCCAUGAAUCAUAAUAAUACAGACAAUAAUAAUAACAAUAAUAAUAAUAAUAAUAAUAAUAUUAAUAACAAUAAUAAUAAUGUGAAACAACAAUUCAAUAAUUAUCGAGAGGGAAAGAAUUCAUUAAAAGGAAAUAUGAUGAAUUCAAAUGUAUGUAUAAAUAAUAAUUACAAUCAUUAUAACUCUCCUAAUAAUAAUAAUAAUAACAAUAAUAAUAACAAUAAUAAGAAACAUAGUAGAUAUAAUUCUAUAUCCAAUCUUAAUAAUGCUUAUAAUGCAGCAUAUAAUAUUAAUACCACAGGAAAUAAUGUUAAUAAUAUAUCGUCUAAUAAUUCAAAAAAUAUAUAUAAUUCGAAAGGAGUAAAACGUGAAGGUUAUAAUAGUGAGGAUAAUGAUAAUACCGCUGGAAAUUAUUAUCUAAAAAAUGGAAAUCCUAUAAUGAAUGUGGCAAAUACAAAUAAUACAAAUAAUACAAAUAAUGCAAAUAAUGCAAAUAAUGCAAAUAAUACAAAUAAUACAAAUAAUGCAAAUAAUGCAAAUAAUACAAAUAAUACAAAUAAUGCAAAUAAUACAAAUAAUACAAAUAAUGCUUUAGAUCAUGUUAAUGUUGAGGGAAGUAAUAAUAAGUCGAAAGAUACAAAUAAUCAAGAAUUAAAAGAUUCCAAUGAAAAUAAUAACAAUAAUAAUGAUGUAGAAAACGAUAAUUUUAAUGAUUCUUCUUUUUCAUAUAAAGGACAAAAGAAUUAUAAUUCCAAAAAUAAAAGUAACACAUCUAUUAAUAAUAAUUACAAUAUAAAUAAUAUACAAAAUGAUAAGAUACCCAAUACUCAUAAAGAAGAUUAUAAAAACAAUCGCUAUGUAAAUAAUAACAAAAUACUUGAAGAUAAAAAUUCAUCAAAUGCCAAUAAAAAUAUGACGAAUGAGAAAAAUUUAAAAGCAACAGAUAAUAAUGUAUAUCACAAUAAUAAGAAAGGAUAUAAUGAUGUACCUAAUAAUUCUAGCCACAACAACAACAAUAAUAAUAAUAAUAAUAAUAAGCAAAAUAAUAGUUACUUAAAUAAUAAUAAGUAUCAUCAAAAUCAUUCAGAUAGAAGGGGAAGUAACAUCAAAAACGCAGAAAGUAAUACGAACAAAAUGAAUGAGAAAAAAAUCAAAAAUGAUGAUGAAAAGAAAGGAAAAGAAAAGGAAAAGGAAAAAGAAAAGGAAAAAGAAAAAGAAAAUAUUAAUAAUAACAGCCAUAAUAAUAAUAAAAAGAUGAGCGAAAUACAUACUAAUAACGAAAAUAAUUAUGUUGGUAAUAAAAAUAUGAAUUAUAAUACAUUAAAGAAUUAUAAAAAUUAUGAUAAGAAGACCAUGGAAUUCUCUUCAUGGGUAAAAAUAGCUAAGAUGAACCCAAACAACAACAACAAUAAUAAUAAUAACAACAAUAAUAAUAAUAAAAAGAAAGAGAAAUUAUCCGUGUCUUCCAUUUAUGAAGGUUCAAACAAUGAGAAAAACCAGAAUGUAGAAGAUAGAAGAAACUCAAAUUUUAUAAAUGAAAAGAUAAAUACACAAGAUAAUAAGACGAGCAACCCAUAUAGUAGUAAGAACCAAAAUAAAGAAAAUGAUGAUAAUGUUCUUUUCCAACAUAAAGAUAAUGAAAAUAAUCAAGAGUAUGACAAUAACGAAGAUCAUAAUAAUAAUAAUAAUCGUCGUUUAUCAGGAAAUGUAAAUAAUGAAAAUAUGAAAAAAAGAAAUGAAGAUGAGGAUAAGAAAAGAAGUAGCAAGGCAAGUAUUAAAGAAAAGGAAAAUAAUGCACACUAUUAUAAAGAUAGUAAUAAUAAUAAAAAAUUAAACGAUGAAAAUAAAAAAAUGAGCUAUAAUAAUAUUGUUACGAAUAAUAGAAAUUAUAACACUGCUAAGGAUAAUAAUAAAGAGAAAAAUAAACUAAAAUAUGAAAGUAAUAAGAAAACAGAGAUGGAUGAUAGAAGGAAUUCAGUAGGUGUAACGGCAAAUGCUGUAGGUAGUACACCAGGUAGUAGUAAUACAUUUUCUCAUAGGCAAAGGGAGAAAUUAAAAAUCCAGAAUGUAGAAAUUAAACAAAUUAAUGAAAAAAUUAUAAAUAUUAAAAAUUAUGAUAAGAAAAAAACAUCUGUAACAAAUGUGCAUAAUAGUAAUGAUGAAGGAACAAAAGGAAAAGGCGCAUAUACACAUAAUAGAAAAGAUGAGAAAAAAGAGGACACUACUAAUAAUGUUGAUAGUAAGAAAAAUGACAUGAAUGAUCCUAAAUCAAUAGAUGCAUUAACCGAAAAUGAGAAUAAUAAGAAUGAUGCAGAAUGUAGUGAUAGUACUACGGUAAAAAAUAAAAAAGGUAAACGUACUAGUACAAAUAAUGUAUCAUCUAAUAGUUUAAAAAAUGAAUCAAUGAAAAGCAGUACUACUAAUAAGGAACAGGUAUCAAAAGAUAUUGUAGCAAGUAACAAUAUGAGUAAUACAUCUAAAAGUAGUAAUAAUGGAGAUAUAAAUGUAAUAAAAAGGAAUAAUAAUAAUAAUAAUAAUAAUAAUAAUAAUACAGGAAUGAAUAAAGGACAAGAUAAGGGUGCAAACACAGGCGAAAGUAAUAAUAAUAAUAAUAAUAAUAAUAAUAAUAAUAAUAAUAGUAGUAGUAUUAGUAGUAGUAGUGCUGUGCCGAAUGUUAAUGAAAGCUCCAAAAAUACAUCUGUUUAUGCAAGUAUAAAAAAUUCGUUGUGGCAAGGAAGAAUAUCCUUUGCCGAGAUGGCCAAAAGGAAACCUAAAGUUGAGACGAAAGAAAUUAAAGAAACAAAAGCGGAAUCUGUAACGAGUGAGAAAAAAAACAACCACAAAAAUAAUAAUAAUAAUAAUAAUAAUAAUAAUAAUAAUAGUAAUCAUCAUCAUCAUCGUAAUAGUAUUAACAACCAUCAUUCUAAUAAGAGCGAUAAAUCCUCAAGGAAAGAACAUCAUAGUAGAUAUGGAUCAAGUAGUACGACUCGUGAAAAAGCAGUUAGUAGUAAUAAUACUGUUAUGAAAGAAUAUAGUAAAGAUAGUAGAAAGAAAAAUGAUCAUAAAGAUGAAAGUAGUGUACACUCAUUUAAUAGUAGUCGAUUAAAUAAAAAAGAUAAUAAAAAUGAUGCACGUCAUAAAAGUGAAAAUAAAAAUAAAUUAUAUAAUAAUGAACAUGUCGAUUCUUAUGAUUCAGGUGUCGAUUGUGUAUCUGUUCAAAACAAGAAAAAAGAAACUGAUAAAGCAGAUGACAUUAGUGUAUGUGAUACUAUUAGUGUUAUAGAAAAGAAAGAAGAUUUUGAGGAAUUAAAAGAUGAGAAGAAUUUGGAUAAUUACACAUAUAAUGAAAAGGUAAGUGAUUAUUCAAAUGAGAAAAAUAACGUACGUGAAGAUUUACAUGAAGAUUUGCAUGAAGAUUUAGGUGAAGAUUUACAUGAACAUUAUGUAGAUAAUAAAGAGGAUCAGUAUGAAAGUGUAUCUCAGAAGGGUAAAUGUUCAAAUGAAAAUAUAAAGGAUGAAAAUGAAAUUAAGAAUAAUGACACUAAUAAUAAUGAAAAUAAUAAUAAUGAAAAUAAUAAUAAUGAAAAUAAUAAUAAUGAAAAUAAUAAUGAAACCAUUGUGAGUAAUGAAGAUCAGAAAAUAAAAGAAGAAAAAACAGUAGCAGUUAAUAUUGAUGAAGUAUUAUUUGAAGAAAAAGAAAAUAAAAAAGAUGAAAAUGAAUGUAGUCAAGUUGAUAGGGUCAAUAUAAAUAAUGAUAUAACAAAAGUAGAUGAAGAAAAAAAAAUGGAUGAAAUAAUAACAUGUGAAAAAAACAUAAGUAAUGAAAAUAAACAAUCGGGAGAUAAUAACAAAUUGGAAAAGGAAAAAAAUGAUAAAAAUGAAAUAUAUGAAAAAAAUGAUAAAAAUGAAAUAUAUGAAAAAAAUGAUAAAAAUGAAAAAAAUGAUAAAAAUGAAAAAAAUGAAAAAAAUGAAAUAUGUGAAAAAAAUGAAAUAUGUGAAAAAAAUGAAAUAUAUGAAAAAAAUGAAAUAUGUGAAAAGAAUGAAAAAAAUGAUAACAAAUUAGAAAAAUCAUCAGAUGAACAUAUGAAUGAAAAAAUUUCUGAUAAUGUAAAAGUAAAUGAUGAAGGUACAUUAUUAUUAGAGAAUUUAGAAGAGAAAGUUCAAAAUGCUGAUGAGAUAGAAGAAAAUAAAGAGAAGAAGAAUAUAGUAAAUGAUGAAAAGGAAAAGGCCAAACAAAAAAAAUUAGAAAGAUUAUAUAGAGAAAAAAUAUAUACCAAAAUUGAUUUAUUGGAAAUAUAUUUAGGUCAUAAUUGGGGUGAGGAUGGUGAUAGAUUCAAUUUUGUAUUAUCACAAGAAAAUGAUAAUUUAUUAGAUGGAGAUUAUAAAAACAGUAUUAGUAAUAAUAAUAUGAUGAAUAAUAAUCGUCAUAGUGUUAUGAUGGAUGAUCAUCAUAAUAUUAUGAAAAAUAAUAAUAAUAAUAAUAAUAAUAAUAUGGGAAAUAAUAGUAAUAAUAAUCAUCAUCAUCAUCAUAUGAAUGAACAAAAGAAUAUGAAUGCACAUAAUAAGAGAUUUAAUAAUAAUAUGAAUAAUAUGAAUAAUAUCAAUAAUGUAAAUAAUAUGAAUAGUGGUUAUAAUAACAAUAUGAAUAAUAAAAAUAAUAAUAAUAAUAAUAUGAACCAACAUAAUCAUCAUUCUGGACAUCAUCAUAUCAUAAAUAAUAAACAAAACCAAUCUAAUCAAAAUGUAAAUAAUAAAAAUAAUGAUGAUGGAUGGAGAAAUUCCAUAGCACAAAAAAAUAUGAUGAACAAUAACAAUAAUAAUAAUAAUAAUAUGUAUAUAAAUAACAAUCAAAAUAAUAAUUUCUAUGAUCAUUCAAAUAAUAAUAAUAAUAAUAUGAAUGAUAUGAAUAUGCAAAAUAUUCAUAUGAAUAAUAUGAACAAUAUGAACAAUAUGAAUAACAUGAAUAAUAUGAAUAAUAUGAAUAAUAUGAAUACUAUAAAUUAUAAUAAUAGUGUUUCAUCCAAUUUGGAAUGGAGAAAAAGUGACGCUGAUAAAUUGAAAGGAUUUUUUGAUUCAACAAGAGUUGUGGAAUCUGCAGAUGCAUGGAGAAAUAAUAACAAUAAUAAUAAUAAUAAUAAUAAUAAUAGUAAUAAUAAUAAUACAGGUCAAGUAAAAACAGUUGCUGAGAAUAGCUGGAUUUUAAAACAGAAUCAAUUAAAAGCUGAUAAGUAUACUUGUAUGAUGCGUAAAUUAAGAGGUAUAUUAAAUAAAUUAACUUUUGAAAAAUUUGAUUUAUUAUAUGAACAAAUAAUAUUAGUAGGAAUUACGAAAUUAGAUGAAAUUAUAGGUUUAAUGAAAUUAGUUUUUGAAAAAGCAGUAACGCAACAUCAUUUUGUACAGAUGUAUGUACAAUUAUGUAAAAAAUUAAAUGUUCAUUUUCAUAAUAUGAAAUUAGAAGAUGAUACUACAGUUCAAUUUAAGAAAAUAUUAAUAAAUCAAUGUCAAGAUUCUUUUGAAAAUAAUUUAAAACCUAUUGAAUUCCCAAGCCAUUUGAAUGAAGAAGAGAAAUUUGAGUUUGAACAAAUGCAUAAAAAUAAGGUUAGAGGAAAUAUGUUAUUUGUGGGGGAAUUAGUAAAAUCAGGAAUAAUUUCUAUACCUAUAGUUUUUGUAUGUAUCAAACAAUUAUUAGAAAAAAGAGAAAGUUAUAUAUCUAUUAAAAAUGAUACUAAAGAGGGUAAUUUACAUUUAGAAGCUUUAUGUAUGUUUCUAAAUACGGUAGGUGAAAUUUUAGAUACUCACGAAAAAGCCAAUCAAGAAAAAGUAAAAGAAUUAUAUAACACACUAAACGAAUUAGUUAAUAAUGAAAGUAUAACCUUUCGUGUUCGUUGUUUAAUAAAGGAUGUUAUUGAUAAUAGAAAUGAGAAAUGGAAUAAAAAAUUCGCCCAUAAAUUAGAAGGUCCAACAACAUUAAGUGUAUUACAUGACAAGAUAUUAAAAGAAACUAUUGAUCAGAACAAUAGAACAUAUAAUCAUAAUAAUAAUAUGAAUUAUCAUGAGAAUAAAAUGAAUAAUAAUUUGAGUAAUAUGAGAAAUAAUCUCUUAAGAAAUGUCAGCUUUAACAUGAACAAUAACAACAACAAUAAUAAUAACAACAAUAAUAACAAUAAUAACAAUAAUAAUAAUAAUAUAAGUUUUGGUAAUAUGAUGAAUAAUAAUAAUAUGAAUUUAAGGAAUAUGGGGAAUAUGAAAAAUAUGGAUCAAAAUAAAAAUAUGAAAAAAUUAUCUUUAAAUUUAAUGAAGAAUAAAAAUAAUUUACAACAAUCCAAAAUGAUGAAUGAUGAUAUGAAAGGAACUAAUAUGGAAAAUAACUAUUUCGACAUACCUAAAAGGGAAAGUCUUUUUAAUAAAAACUCUUCUUUUUCUAAAGAAGAUGCAAAUAAUGCAUGCACAAAUAAUAAUAAUAAUAAUAAUACGUCGAGCGGUACAAGUAAUAGCUUUUUCAGUAAUCUCAGUUCAAGAUUAUUAAAUAAAGAAAAAAAAGAAGGAGGAGGAGGAAAUAUAUUUUCGAGAAGUUUUAAUUUGAAAAAAAAUAAUAACAUUUCUAAUAUUUCAAAUAAUGAUUUAGAUAAAAAAGAUAAAACAAAUAUGAAUACAAAUAAGAAUGAAGAAAAGGAUAAUACCUUUACGAAUAAAGAUAAUGUGUUAAAUACAAAAGUUGAUAAUACAAAUGAAGAACCAAAGGAUUAUACUUUUGUUGAAGAAUAUAUUCCUAAAGUUAAUGAAAUUCUUGAAUUAUCUACUACCAUAGAAAAUUGGGAAGAACUAACCGAAAAACUUGUUCAAUUACAUAUACCUCCUAAAUUUAAUGAAAAGUUACAUGCACAUAUCUUAAAACAUACAUUAAAAAAAUAUGCAUGUAAUAAAAAUGUAGAAAGAAGUCUACCAUAUUUUAAUUGGCUUGUAUCAAUUGUAUUAGACAAUAAAAUAGAUAUGGAAUCUUUUAAACAUUGCUGGAAAUCCUUCUUUUUAGAAAGUGAUGAAAAUAGUUAUGAGUAUACAAAAGAAGAUUAUCCUUUAUUACCACGUUUGGUAACAAAUUUUAUUAGUGCAGUAGAACUAUAUGAUAAAAAUCAUAUGCUAUAUGACCUAUCGACCUUAGAGCAAAUGAAAAGUGUAAUAUAA